GGCAGCUGCAUCCUGAGGAGGUGGUGGAGGAGAUGGAUGUAGAGGAGAAGGAUGUGAACGGUUCGAGCUGUUUGCGGAAUGAGAGCGACUGCGGGCUGAGCGCUACCUCGGCUGGAGUGUCCACUGCGCUGGCCAGCGUGCUGAUCUUCACCAUCGUGGUAGACAUCCUGGGAAACGUCCUCGUCAUCCUGUCCGUGUACAGGAACAAAAAACUACGGAACCCAGGCAACAUCUUUGUGGUGAGUUUGUCUGUGGCAGACCUGGUGGUGGCGCUGUACCCCUAUCCACUGGUCCUGACAGCCAUCUUUCACAAUGACUGGACUAUGGGUGACCUGCACUGCCAGGUCAGCGGCUUCAUCAUGGGCCUCAGUGUUAUCGGCUCCAUUUUCAACAUCACGGCUAUCGCCAUCAAUCGCUACUGCUACAUCUGCCACAGUCUCCACUACGAUCGUCUGUAUAGCCUGAGGAACACGCUCUGCUACCUGGGUCUUACUUGGCUACUCACCGCCAUUGCCACUAUUCCCAACUUCUUCGUCGGCUCACUGCAGUACGACCCUCGCAUCUACUCCUGCACCUUUGCUCAGACCGUUAGCUCAUACUAUACUAUCUCCGUGGUGAUUAUUCAUUUUCUGAUCCCUCUGCUGGUGGUGUCCUACUGCUACAUGAGGAUAUGGGUGCUCGUCAUUCAGGUGAAACACCGAGUUAAACCGGAGCAAAGGACCAAACUGAAACCUAGUGAUGUGAGGAACUUCCUGACUAUGUUUAUGGUGUUUGUCUUGUUUGCCGUGUGCUGGGCCCCCCUGAACCUCAUAGGCCUGGCUGUAGCCAUAAAUCCUCCGAAGGUUGCACCCAACAUACCCGAGUGGCUUUUUGUCACAAGCUACUUUAUGGCCUACUUCAACAGCUGCCUCAAUGCCAUCAUAUAUGGACUGCUCAACCAAAAUUUCCGCAAAGAGUACAAGACCAUUCUCCUCGCUCUUUGCGUUCCUCGUUUGCUCCUCACGGAAACUUCAAGAUGUGCCACAGAGGGACUGAAGAGCAAGCCUUCACCAGCUAUAACAAACAAUAAUGUGGCGGAGAUAGAUGUAUGAACUUUUACCGGGAACGUGGGUGUGUCCUGUGAUUCACAGAGUGCCUUUUCAGGAUCUGUUUCUUUUUCAUGUUGUAAAGAUGCAUUUGUGUUUGGUGAGGACACUGCUGCCAUCAUAUUCCUUCCAGCUUGCUGGACACUUUGCACUCCUGUUGAGAACAAACAUCGAUUGUAUAAUUAUAAGUAUUUUGUGUUCAAUAGUGAGUUUCAAGACAGAUUAACAAACUGGGAGGAAAAAGUGCAGAAAGAACAAAUUACUGGGAACAUUCAGAUUGUAUAUAGUGGCCAGCUGUGAAAAUUAUUUUCUUAAAUUCUCAAAAUCUUUCACGAACACUUAAGGUCCGAUACUCUUUGGGUGAGGGACCUACUUUUAAAGCCAAGUCCCAGCAUGUGUAUAUCACGUGUACGAGAAUGACUCACUGCCUAUUUGCACAGAACAAUUACGAGUAUGUCAGCACC